GCCCUCCGCACUAGGAUGUUGCGGCAGGUCUUGCACAGGGGGCUGGGGACGUCCUUCUCCCGGCUCGGCCACUUCGUCGCCAGCCACCCGGUGUUCUUCGCCUCGGCGCCCGUGCUCAUCUCCAUCCUGCUGGGCGCCAGCUUCAGCCGCUACCAGGUGGAGGAGAGCGUGGAGCACCUCCUGGCCCCCACGCACAGCCUGGCCAAGAUCGAGAGGAACCUGGUGGACAGCCUCUUCCCGGUGAACCGCUCCAAGCACCGGCUCUACUCCGACCUGCAGACGCCGGGGAGGUACGGCAGGGUGAUCAUCACCUCCUUCCGCAAGGCCAACAUGCUGGACCAGCACCACACCGAUCUCAUCCUCAAGUUGCACUCUGCUGUGACCAGGAUCCAAGUUCAAAGACCUGGUUUCAAUUACACGUUUGCCCAUAUAUGUAUCCUGAACAAUGACAAGACAUGCAUAGUGGACGACAUAGUGCAUGUACUGGAGGAAUUAAAGGCUGCUCGUUCUUCUAAUCGAACUAAUUUUGCAAUCACUUAUCCGAUUACUCACUUAAAGGAUGGCAGGGAAGUGUAUAACGGGCAUCAGCUUGGUGGGGUUACUGUGCACAGCAAAGACCGGGUGAAGUCUGCAGAAGCCAUUCAGCUCACCUACUACUUGCAGGCAAUCAACUCUUUGAAUGACAUGGUGGCAGAGAAGUGGGAAUCCAUUUUUUGUGACACUGUUGAACUUUUCCAGAAAUCCAACAGGAAAGUGAAAAUGUAUCCUUUCACUUCUUCUUCGCUGAAGGAGGAUUUCCAGAAGACGAGCAGGGUGUCAGAACGCUACCUGAUCACAAGCUUGGUCCUUGUGGUCACUUUGGCCAUUCUCUGCUGCUCCAUGCAGGAUUGUGUCCGCAGCAAACCCUGGCUUGGCCUGCUGGGAUUGCUGACCGUGACCCUUGCCACCUUGACUGCAGCUGGGAUCAUCAAUCUCACUGGUGGGAAAUACAAUUCCACCUUCCUGGGAAUCCCCUUCGUCAUGUUAGGUCAUGGGUUAUAUGGGACUUUUGAAAUGUUGUCCUCCUGGAGAAAAACUAGAGAAGACCAACACGUUAAAGAGAGGACUGCAGCUGUAUUUGCAGACUCCAUGCUCUCGUUUUCUCUCACCACUGCCAUGUACCUGGUCACUUUUGGAAUAGGUGCCAGUCCCUUCACUAACAUUGAAGCAGCCAGGAUUUUCUGCUGCAAUUCCUGUAUUGCAAUUUUCUUCAACUACCUCUAUGUACUCUCCUUUUAUGGUUCCAGCCUGGUGUUUACUGGCUACAUAGAAAACAACUACCAGCAUAGUAUCUUCUGCAGAAAGGUACCAAAGCCAGAGGUAUUGCAAGAGAAGCCUGCAUGGUAUAGGUUUCUUCUGACAGCCAAAUUCAGCGAGGACACAGCAGAUUCAGAGGAAACGAACACUUACGAGAGUCAUCUUUUGGUGUGGUUCCUUAAACGCUAUUAUUGUGACUGGAUAACAAACACUUACGUCAAGCCUUUUGUAGUUCUCUUUUACCUUGUUUAUAUUUCCUUUGCCUUAAUGGGCUACCUGCAGGUCAGUGAAGGGUCAGACCUGAGCAACAUCGUAGCGACUGCAACACGGACCAUUGAGUAUACGACUGCCCAACAGAAGUAUUUCAGCAACUACAGCCCGGUGAUUGGGUUCUACAUCUACGAGUCGAUCGAGUACUGGAACACCAGUGUCCAGGAGGAUGUGCUAGAGUAUACCAAGGGCUUUGUGAGGAUAUCUUGGUUUGAAAGCUACUUAAAUUACCUUAGGAAACUCAACAUAUCUACCGGAUUGCCCAAGAAAAACUUCACUGAUAUGUUGAGGAACUCCUUCCUGAAGGCCCCUCAGUUUGCCCAUUUUUCGGAGGAUAUCAUCUUUUCCAAGAAAUACAACAACGAAGUCGAUGUCGUGGCCUCCAGGAUGUUCUUGGUGGCCAAGACAAUGGAAACCAAGAGGGAAGAACUUUAUGACCUCCUGGAGACCCUGAGGAAGCUCUCUCUCACCUCCAAGGUGAAAUUCAUAGUUUUCAAUCCAUCGUUUGUGUACAUGGAUCGUUAUGCCUCUUCAGUGGGAGCCCCCUUACAAAACUCCUGCAUUAGUGCUUUAUUUCUGCUCUUCUUCUCUGCAUUCCUGGUGGCAGACUCUCUGAUCAAUGUCUGGCUCACUCUAACUGUUGCCUCAGUUGAGUUUGGAGUUAUAGGUUUUAUGACCUUGUGGAAAGUGGAACUAGAUUGUAUUUCUGUGUUGUGCUUAAUUUACGGAAUUAAUUAUACAAUUGACAACUGUGCUCCACUGUUAUCAACCUUUGUCCUGGGCAAAGAGUUCACAAGAACUAAAUGGGUGAAAAAUGCCCUGGAAGUGCAUGGGGUAGCUAUUUUGCAGAGCUACCUCUGCUAUAUUGUUGGUCUGAUUCCUCUUGCAGCUGUGCCUUCAAAUCUGACCCGUACACUGUUCAGGUGCUUGUUUUUAAUAGCAUUAGUCACCUUCUUUCACUGCUUUGCCAUUUUACCUGUGAUACUGACUUUCCUGCCACCAUCCAAGAAGAAGAGGAAAGAGAAGAAGAAUCCUGAAAACCGUGAGGAAAUAGAGUGUGUUGAAAUGGUGGAUAUGGAUAGCACCCGAGUGGUUGACCAAAUUACAACAGUCUAA